AUUUUUGUCUGACUUUAUUUAUUCGGCUACUACCGGACAAGGGGAUGAUGCCAAGUCAACAAGUCGAAGUCCCUCACCGAUUCCUUCCACACAAGCUUCAGGAGUGCCUGCACCCAGACCUCAGCAUCGUCAAAGACCAGACCAAGAACCACAGCUGGGGGCUCCUAGCUACAAAGAUGUCGGUAACAAGACUAGGGACAUUUUGAAGGGAGUUUAUAAAACAACAGGCAGUUACGUGCAGUUGCUGCCUGGGGUUGCUAAUGACCAAAGGCACAUAGAUAGUAUAUACACCAAAGUACGGUUAGAAACACGGGAAGGGGUAGCAGUUGUCUGUACGCCUACAGGGAAAACUGUUAGAAAAAGUAGCCAAAGUGGAGCAAUUGUAAACUCAAUAGAGUAUGACAGAAUAUUCAGAUUAAGGAAAGGAACUAACAAACUCAUCAAAUGCCUCAUUUUCGUUGGCGAAGGAGGGGUCGGGAAGUCAACCAUUUUUGAUAAGAUUGCAUACGACUGGGCUGAGGGUGAAAACAAAUUCCUGAAAAGAUUCAAUCUCGUAUUUCUUUUAAAGAUGUGUGCCCUGUCGCAAAAAUCUGAUCUUGUUGAUUCCACUUUUGAUCAACUUCUAGGUGAAAAGUCAGGAAUAAAAGAAAAAGAACUUGAUAAAUUCAUUCAGGACAACUCAAAUGAGGUCUUGAUUCUUUUGGAUGGUUUUGAUGCAAUGAGGACCAAAACACUUGAUGCAGCCUCAUUUGGUUCUAUCCUGAAAGCACUCGAUAGAACAGCGUACAAGGAAUGUAUCGUAUGUAUCGCCACCCGCCCCUCUCAUCUUGAGACACUGAUGUCAAAAUCACUUGUCCAAAAUCCUUGCACAUACAUAGAGGUUCUGGGGUUUACUGACGAGGAUGUUCAUGAAUACGUUCAGAAAUUCCAUGACAAAGAUCCUGAUAGUGGCAAUGCACUAAUCCAAACCAUUGAAAAGUCCAACACGCUGCGUGAUUUCGCCAAGACACCUGUGUUGCUGCUACAUAUGUGCUUGUUGUGGAGGGAGAGUAAACAACUCCCCAAAACAACUUCACGCCUCUUCACUGAGACAAUCGAUCACAUGUUCACAAGAAAACAUCUCUCUGGAUACUAUGCAUCAAACACAGUGAUUGCCAUAGGAAAAGUUGCGCUGCGUGGACUCACGAGUGCCAACCAGAGAUUCUCAUUUCAAGAAGAUGAGUUUGAACCGAAGGCGCUGGAGCUGGCACUAAAAGCGGGCAUCCUAACCAAGCAGAGAGUUAUCAAAAACGUCAAACCCCACACCAACAUACAAUUCAUGCCCAAGAUUGUGCAGGAAUACUGUGCAGCGAAAUACUUGCAGAGUUUGAAUCUCAGAUUCUAUCAUCCUAAACGGACUUUCUUUUGUGACUGGGUGAUCCAAAGUACCAUGGAUGCACAAAUUGAAGCAGCUAGCCAACAAACUGAUGUCCCUACCACGAGGCAACAGGAGGCUCAUGUACACGCCCCCUCAGCUGCAACAGGGGGAGGCACUUAA